CACUGAUUUUUCUCAUACCCUAUGCCGUUCAGAUCACCACCCUUUCACAGAACAUGAUGUGGAUUGAUGAGACUAAUCGAGAAAACGAAAGUGGAUCGGAUAGCGACACCAGCGGUGAAGAAUUGCCCAUAUGGGUGAGGGGAGAGCAACGAUGGGUGUCCGGAGUUGUCGAGGAGACCACAUGCCAGGACAUCAUCGGUGUUUUACUUCACGAUGAAGAGAAUAGGGGGAAGCAGGUCGGAACGGUGGAGGAUUAUCAUAUUACCGAGAGAUGGAGGGGCGUUGAACAGCUUCUGGAUCCGUACGCUAACAUCUUGCAUAUUUGGAACGCAUGGGGAACGGCACAACCUGAGGUGAAGAUCUCGCUGAGGCGAAUCAAGAACGAAGGCGGCAGCAAUCUGAGUAGGAAGUCGAGGUACAGGUCGAACGCGAGUCUACUGUCGGAGAGGAGCGCCUUCAAGACGAUCCAUCCGAAGCGACUGGCCGCGUUGCAGAACGAGAAGCAACCGUCCAGCACGGAGGAGCUGCUGAAGUUGGUUCUAGCUCAAGGUAAAGUCAUCAGGAAACAAUUAAAGAAAUUAAGGCACAGCGAACAUCAGAUCGGUUUCCUGGAAGAUAAAACGCACAAGGCUCGCAUCCAGAAGCACGGACGGAAUUACCUUUUGGAAACGUACUUGAAGGGAUUGUCUGAAGCUGUCGAACCUGAAUUGGAUAAUAUCACGUUGGCGGAUAAGAACAGCGACAGCGGAGUGCUCACUGAAGGUGACAGCGAGCAGUCUAAUAACAACAAUAAAUUGGACACUGAGAAUUCGUUUGAUCGUUUCUCGUCGCCUUCUUCGCACGAGUUCAGCAAAGAUCUCCGAGAUGACGACACCAGUUCUACGAUCAGCGAGGCCACAGCUAAGGAGCAAAUCGAUCUUUACGAGAGAAUCGCCAAGCUGAAUAAGCGUCUCCUGAAGGAGGAGGAAGCCCUGGCGCGACUGUACGCCAGCAUGAAGAAGUACAACAAAACCAAAUCCGCGUCCGAAGACGUGAACAAAUCCCUGACGCAUCUGCGAACGAGGAUGGCGAAGAGCUCGUGCGAGAUGCAGCACAACGAAGUGGUCCUUGAAGAAACAAAAGACGCUAUUGAGAGUCGUCGUUCGUACCUGGACACCCUCCACAGGGACCUCGUCAAUGAGGAUCAAGAGUUCGACAUGCUUCAAACUCUCCUCUACUCGAUCAAUUUGAAAGCGGAACCGAAGAACCCCGUCCCCCAUAAUUCUAAUUAUACCAAAGAAUUAUUAGAUACCUUAGUUUAACUACUACCUUAUGGUUAUUACUUACAUAUUAUUUCCAUUUUUAUACCAAAUAUUUUUGUACCUAAAAUUUUUU